ACGAUAGACCAUAUCUACUGAACCCGAGUGUUUAAUUAUGGUAUUCCAUAGCUUAUCCAUACGAUAGACCAUAUCUACUGAACCAUUCAUAACAGGUGACGCAUCAGGGUCCACUAUUGUGUCCCAUGACCCUGCUACACAAGACAAACCCCUUUUAUUUAUUCACACACCUUAAAAGUCCUACUUGCAUCAAGGACCUAUUUAUCUUGGAUAUUGACCAAACAUUCUACUUUAAAAUAGACUGCCAAAAACGUUUAUUCACACUUUGUAUUGACGAAACGUUGUAUCGACACAUUGUAUUGAUGGAAUGCAAUUAACAAAAAAGACGGCGCCUAGAACAGAUUUAAAAGUUUAACAGAGUAUCGAUCGAUAUGCAAUGUGAUAACUGCCGGCGAGUCGUGGAAAUACUAUUACUGUUGACUGGUAUUCUCUUAAUAAAGGGCGACACCGACUUAGAGCACGUCAAAGCGGUUUGGAGCAGAUACGCACAGCUCUCCAAUGGCGUGUCCAGCUAUCGCAGCGAGUACCAGCCUGGUACUGGAGCAUGCGCAAUUGAUCCACUAGCACCACUGAAUAGCGAGCCUGGUUGGGUCGUGGUGGCAGCCGGGAAGGAAGAGUACCUGAAGUCCUUGGGAUGCGGCAUGUGCGUGGAAAUCAUGGUCAGCGGUCAAGCCGUAAGUACUGCGCAUGGCUCGGAGCCUCCAAUGAAUGGAUCACUCAAAGCGACGAUUGUGGACUUGUGCGGAGGGUGCCAACAAGGAGGCUUCAAUUUGUAUGUUCCCGGGUACGGCACAUGGAAAACUUCAUUCAAAUCGAUAGAGUGUCCAAAACUUGCCGGACAGGACGGAAAAAUCCAGUUCAGAUUCUUUGCAAGUAACCCCUGGUCGAUCAAACUUCAGGUGCGCAACUCAAAGGUUGUGACAGCAGGUUUAGAAAUUCUACAUAACAACCGUUGGAUCUGCAUGCGACGCACCGAUGAUAACUACUUCACUAUCAGUGGGAUAGGCGAGCUCAAGUUCCCUAUUAAAGUGCGUGUGACGAGCAUUGCCAACGAACGGCUUGAGAGCACGAUAACGAGGCUAGUGAAUGACGUCAGCAUACCAACUACUAUUCAGUACAAGGGUUUUAUAGAAGAUAGCAUACCUGAGAAGAUCAAGUGCUACGGACAGGGAGAUGAGAAUGCCUCCUUAAAGCGAACUAAGACUGAGAUAACAUCACCAAACUCCACCUUUAAUCAUGCCAGUCGGGUGUCACCUUACACUACAAGUAACCCUACCACCGACACGCCAAUACCUCACAACACUGCAACACCUACGUUAAACCAGAUGCUACCUACGAACACCCCAAGCCCUCUCGUACAAAAUGGAUCACAUCACUUCAUCUAUUAUCAUGGAGAAGACCAGUUAUCAAAUGGAGAAAAGUCUACUUCACAGGAUAACAGUAUCAUAAUAACACAAGAUCGAACGUCACUCAACAACACCUCAAGUUCUGCACCAGACAAAUCUCCAAUCCUAACAGACAUGAAAGACUUUGCUCAGACAUUCCCUACUGAAGGCACUCCAAAAUAUAGCAAUAAAGAUGGUAUGUUCUGCGAGAGAAAUGGUGAUGGGAUCUACGCAGAGAAAGAGAACUGUUACGGGUUCGUGCUUUGUGGCGGCGGCAUCGCCCACAAGAAGACAUGCCCACCAGGUCUGAUCUUCAACACGGAUCUCAUGGUCUGCGACUGGUCACAUGAAGUAAAAUGCAACCCUGACAACGACGUCAUUGGACGUUAAAAGACCUGUAUGCUAGUGAAUUAAAUAGGCGGCUUCCAGAUAUUCUACUAGAGUAGAGACAAAGAACCGUGUUAUAAUGGACGAAGAGAGUAACUAAUAAGGGUGUUUAAAUGGGCCAAAAGAAGUUUUUCGCACAACUACGCGUAAAACUACAAGUCGUGACCAAUAGCAUGCAAAUGCUUUAAAAGAGGUACAGGAUCCGCCGUGUCAAUUUAUUAUCACUUUUGAUUAGGUAAUCAAUUAGAUAUGCUAAAAUGCGCACAGAUUAGCACGCUCUAUUGACCAAUAUUUUACAGAUCACUACGUUGAAUUCUAAUACCAAAAAUUCGACUCUGUAACAUGACUUAACUAUCUUAUAUGGUAUUUUCUGAAUGAACAACACCGUCCAAUUCAGUUAUAAAAAUAACCCCCGCUCAAGGGCGAUAAGGGACUUGAAGCAGUCACUAACACAAUACUAACUAAGAUUAUUAAGAGCAGAUCGAAUUUUUAUUCGCUGAUUUUGUCCAAAA